CGUAGUUCGUAGUUGUUUACGGGCGAGCUGGAGCGGCGACUUCCUCCGUCAGAAACUGUGGGAGGCAGUCAUCGGGAGAACAAAUCCUUCAUGCAAACUGCACCUACUAUCAAGAAGAAGAAGACUGCGGCAGGAAGACCACCUUCACAACCUUGCUUGCUCACCACUUCGGAAGCUUCUGGCUGAGCAACUUGAUAUGCUUGGAGAUAUGAUGAAGUAUGCUUCUGAAUAGUUACAGGGAAAUAUGCCUUGAAAGGAAAUACGAUGUCUAGUGUCAACCUACUGGACCUGCCAGAAUCUGUCCUGCUGAAAAUCUUCUCCCCAUUGUAUGCUGUUGAUCUUUACAAUUUGUGCAGUGUUCAUCCCCGUCUCACACGUUUGGUUGCCGACGUAUCUCUAUGGCGGCAUGUAAAUUUCGGUCGGGUGCCGCUGAGUCUGCAGUUUCUUCACAAGUUUAUACGAUUUAUAGGCUCACAUACCCUGACCAUCACUGUGACUGGAUUCGUCAAAUCUAGUUUUAGAGUUCAUCCAAAAGGGUCACAGUGCAUAUCUGAAGCCUUUCUGACAAGCUUGAAACGGCGUUGCCCACACCUUCAAGAGCUCAACCUUCACCGGUGUUUCAUUGAUGCCUCUACCACCAAGUUCUCAGCUCUGCCUGCUUCCCUCAAGAAGCUCUCUCUCUGUGGGUCCUGUCUUUUUAAUUUGCCACAGAAUCGCAUGGUGGUAUUUACAUCGCCCUUUUUCCGGCUGGAGAAGCACUUGCCUGUGCUAGAGGAAGUGAUCCUUGAAGGGUGUGGGGCGUGGCUCACUAAGCAGGACCUCACACUUCUCAUGAGUCACUGUCCUGCCUUACAAAUUGUUAAUGUUGGUUCUGAUAGAUAUACACGUACAGGACUUUGUUCAUGGGACAAACGUGAUGACAAACACAAUAGCAGCAUCAUAUUGACUCGUAAAUGGAGAGCAUGAAUACAACUUUAGAAAGUUCUCAUGUGAGG